AUGCAAGUGGCCAAAUUAGCAGUCCACCAGGACGACGCCGACAUCUUGCUCAAGGAGAGAAACAAGCUCGACCUGCUGGUCGUGGACAAGUACAGAACCGCAGGCAGAAUCUCGCAGACCACGCUCAAACAUGUCAUCCAGCUCAUCAACGACUCGUACCACCUCCACAAAACCGAACGGCCGUACACGGCCGAAGAGCUCUGCAUAUUGGGCGACUCCAUGAUGUACAAGUUGCUCGGCAACUGCUACACCAACGCCGAGAAGGUGCGGGAGAAGGGCAUUUCCCACCCGGUGACCAUCGACGUCAACGAAUACGUGGCCAACGUGGCGCCCGAAAUGGGCCAGAAGGCCGCGCCGCUCAUAUUCCAGGCCGGCGACAUCGUCACCAUCAGCCUCGGCGCGCAGGUCGACGGGUACACGGCCAUGGUGUCGCACACACUUGUCAUCUACCCUCCGGGCGUGAUGAUCGACAACGAGUUGAGGCCACAGGGCCCGCUCCUUGGCAGCAAGGCGGACGCCGUGGUGGCAUGCAACGUGGCCACCAAGGCCGUGGUGGCGCUCUUGGGCCUUGCCUUGCACCCGGAGAAAAUCGCCUGGGUGCCUGAGUUGCAAGGUGCUGGCAGCGUCGUGUCCGGCGCCACCAUCAGACGGGUGGUGGACCGCGUGGCCUCGUCCUUUGGGUGCGUGGUGGUACCUGGGUCGAAGGUGCGCCGCGUGCGCCGGUUCUUGGCCGGCCAGGCCGAGGGAGUGGUGGCCGAACGAGACUUUAAGGGUGUUGUGUGGGACGAGAGCAACCAGGAGGAAGAGCUCCUCAAAAAGGCCGCGGGGUCCGAGUUGAUUGUGCACGACCACAAGGCGUCUGCGGCCACGAACGUGUCCAGCGCCAUCCCCACGGACGACUUUGUCGUGGAGGCCGGCGAGGCGUACACGGUGGACUUGCGGUUCUGCGGCAUGGGCGAGUUCCAGGAGAAGGGCCUCGUCACCUUACAGGACGUGGACGACGCACGUGCCACCCUCUACAUCCGGGACUUUGCCGUGACGCACGCGUUGAAGUUGAACAGCGCCAAGCAGUUGCUUGCCAUGGUGGACAGAGACUUCUCCGUGUACCCGUUCAAGUUGUCGCACACGUGCGACUCGUUCCCCGUGGACUACGAGCAGGGCGACAUUGUCGGGCAGCUUGGCGCCAUCAAGAAGGAGAUUGUCCGCCGCAAGCUCGGCUUGAACGAGUUGGCCAACCGGCACUUGACGCGCCCCAAGCCGGUGCAGAUGGUCAAGCACGUGCCCUUCAGCAAGAUCUUGGUGUCGUCCAACCCCACGGGCAGACACGGCAUUGACAGCUCCAAGUUGACGUUGCCGGGCAAGGAGGUGCCGCUCCCGGCGUUGGGCAUCAGUGCGUUGAAGUUGAAGUCGCUCUUGAAGUUCGGCUCGCCGGCCGCCGCGGUGGCCAGAGAGGCCACCACCGUUUUGUUGAACGACGCCGCGAAGGAGGUGGUCCAGUUGACCGGCGGCGACCACUCUGCGCGGCCCUCGUGGGUGCACUCGCAGUUCGUGGUUGCCAGCGACGUGGCCGGCUUGAUGUCGUCUUUGAACGGCUUGGGCUUGGUGGUCAAGGAGGUGCAGCCGCUGAAGUUGAACUCUGCCAUCUUGCACUUGGAGGAGACCAUGCAGCUUGACUAG